AUGUUACUCCCGUUCUUUGUAUUCUUCCCACUGGUAAAGGCUGUAACAACUUCAGCAAAUGAUAAGCGCUCUUCAGUGAAUGCUACUGUCUCAUUUCACCGUCCCUCCGCCGUCGUCGUAAAUGCUGACAAUUCUCAGACUGCGAAUGUGGUGUACGGUGGACAUAACUUGCGAACCGAUGAAAGUGAAAAAAGAAGUGCGGACGCUGUCAACCGUAAACAUUUUAAAGGGCUUGCAAUCUUUUCUGAUGAUCCAGGUAUCUGGCCAGGAGCGGAAGUUCCAUACGAACUCGUACCAUAUUUGAAUGAUACUCAACGGAGAUACGUACGAUAUGCGAUAAAUGCGUUUAAAAUAAACACAUGCAUAAAAUUCCGGAAGCGAACAGAACGUGAUAUUUACUACUUGUUAAUUACUGCAAUACCCAAGAAAUGGUGUUAUAGCAUCGUCGGUCGGGAUACUUCCUCUCGUUGUCGGACAAAUGAGGGCAAGUUCAUUACUGAAUUAAAUAUGGAUCCUGAAUGCUUUGACGGACCAGCCAUGAUUCAUGAAUUGAUGCAUAGUAUCGGUUUUUAUCACGAACAUCAAAGAGAGGAUCGCGAUCCACUCGUUACUGCAGGACCUCCUGAUCCAAAUCCCGAACGCGAGUAUCAAGAUCGACGACUUACUUACUCGAGAACUGAGGCACAAUACAUGGGGAGUAUUGCCGUGAGAAAGAAUACAGCCCCUAGGGGAAACAACAUGAAUAUCAGGAAUACUUCCGGGGAAAAUAUCAUGAGGAAGUAUAACCCCUGUACUAAUGCUAAGAGGAAUCCGGGAAAUGCAGCAAAGAGGGGUCCCGAAUACUCCCGGGAGAAAUCCAGUAGGGAUGAAUAG